UGUCGCGGCGGAGCAUGGGCUCGAGUGUGUUGUCUCGAGUUCGUUCCGAUCUGCUUUGCUUUGUUUGCAUUUAUUGCUAUUAAUACUCUGUUCUAGUUAGGGAGCCUCAGGGCUGUAUGUUUGCAAUAAAAGGCUACCGGAGGGCCCGAUGUCGAAGUGGCCUCCGCGCUCUCCCCCCCUUCAUUCUCUCCGGCUGUCACUCCGCUUGACGGGUUCUUUUCACAUCCGUCUCCGGAUUUGUGUAGGUGCUGUGGAUGAUAGCGGAGUGGUGAUAGAUCUUUGAGUACUGGAGCUUCGGAGGCUCGAAUAGCAGAAUGGCAGCCUUUAUGGUGGCUGCCGUGGCCGCCAUUGGAAACAUGUUGCAAGGAUGGGACGGUGGAGCCAUUGCAGGAGCACUCCUGUACUUGAAGCCCGAAUUUCAUCUGGAUCAAACGCCUGCCCUUGAAGGAGAGGUUGUUGCUUCUACUCUAGUGGGCGCAGUCGCCGCUGUGUGCAUUGCAGGACCGUCUGCUGAUUGGCUCGGACGGAGAUUUAUGCUCUGCGUAUCCGGUGUUCUGUACUCACUUUCAGCUCUUGUGAUGCUCUGGUCUCCGACCGUGUACGUUCUCAUAGCGGGACGUCUCAUCAUCGGCUGUGCCAUUGGAUUGGCAGCGACGAUCGCACCAAUCCUAAUUUCGGAGUCGGCUCCUUCCGAAAUUAGGGGUCAGCUAGCGACGUUCCCUCAAUUCCUUGGAUCUGGAGGGCUGUUUCUUGCUUACGUGAUGGACUUCAUGUUCUCACUGCAACCUGAUGUCAACUGGAGAUUUAUGCUUGGAAUCUUGCUCAUUCCUUCUCUUUUAUACGUUGUCCUUGGAACGACGGUACUACCGGAAUCGCCACGUUGGCUAGUGAGCAAGGGUCGCAUGAACGAAGCUAAGAAAGUUUUGCAGAAAAUUCGAGGUCGAGAGGACGUUGAUGGAGAAAUGUCCUUACUAGUUGAGGGUCUUGGAGUUGGUGCUGAAACGCAUAUAGAAGAGUGGUUGUUGAAGCCAUCUGAGAAACCUUCCAAGGAUGAUGAUGACUCGGUUAUGGAAGACGGUCAAAUUAAGCUGUAUGGCCCAGAUGACUCUACCUGGAUUGCUACUCCAAUCGUUGACGAGUUUGGCCACUCAAUGGCAAACGCUCUUUCUAGAAGCCAAAUGACUGAGAGUCGUAUGUCGCAGUUCCUAGAUCCUGUGGUGACCAUGAUGGGAAGCGUCCAGAACAGUUUUCACGACAUGGGCCUUAUGUCUCAGGACGACGAUGAGAACAGAUGGGAUGAGGAAAACCAAGAACCUGGCCUUGAAACAUCUCUACUAUCCGGUGCACCCAUGUCUAGAAAUAACUCCAAGAACAAGGGUUCUAUGUCCCGACAGCACUCUAGGUCUCGUAGCAGAAGGCACUCCAGGUCAAACUCCAUUUCUGGGUAUUCUCGCCGUCAUUCAAGAUCUUACUCCAAGAACAAUGGACAGGACGGUCAAAUGUCCGAGUUCUCUGGGAGCGUUGGUGUUGGCGGUGGAUGGCAGCUUGCGUGGAGGUGGGAUGAAGGUGCUAAGGAUGGCGAAGAUGCCGGUUUGAGGCGUGUUUUCGUGAAGGGCGAAGGUGGUGACAUGUCUACCAUGUCUACCAUGUCUGUUCCAGGAGGUCAACCUCUUGAGGAUGGUGAAUCUUUCCAGGCACAAGUUAUUGUUGCUCAAUCAUCACUGUUCUCAAAGGAAUUGAUGGGCGAGCAUCCAGUGGGACCUGCCAUGAUUCACCCUGCAGAAACCGCAACCCGAGUUCCUCCAGUUCAAAACUUGUGGGAUGCUGGUGUGAAACGUGCACUUUUUGUUGGAGUAAUUCUUCAAAUCUUGCAACAGUUCUCUGGAAUCAAUGCUGUGCUUUACUUCACCCCCCAAAUUCUUAUGCAAUCUGGAGCCGGAGAUAUAUUGAGUCAGUUUGGUCUUAACGCGGAGUCUUCAUCAAUCUUGGCGAGUGGAGUCACUUGCUUUCUCAUGUUGCCUUGCAUUGUCCUCGCUAUGAGGCUUAUGGACGUUUCUGGCCGCCGGGGACUGCUUUUGACUACUUUACCAGCCCUCACCAUCUCGUUGGUGUCACUUGUGGUCGUGAACCUUUUCAAGGCAACUGGUCUUAUUCCCGCAUUGAUUUCCUUCGUCUGCGUGACAGUCUUCAUCUGUGCUUUCGUGGCCGGCUUUGGUCCCAUCCCCAACAUUCUUUGCUCUGAGAUUUUCCCUACUCGAGUGCGUGGCACCUGCAUUGGGAUCUGUGCUGGAGCUAUGUGGACAAGCAAUGUCUGCAUCACAUACGCGUUUCCGAUUCUGAACAAGAGUUUCGGUUUGCAAGGAGUGUUCGGUUUCUUUGCGAUAGUUACAUUCGUUGCCUGGAUUUUCGUAUUCCUUUACGUUCCCGAGACCAAGGGCCAGCCCUUGGAGAUCAUCUGCGAGAUCUUUGCCUUGGCUGCAAGGAAUGCCGAAAGGAGGGACCACGAAGAUGAUGACUACUAGCCUUCUUUCAAGACGUUGAUCAAAUCAUAUGAGUUCAUAUACUUCUAUAACGAGUUUUGUCCGCUCCGUCCCUUGUUUUGUUGGGACCAACGUUCCCACUCAUGAUGUGGGCUAGUGGCGGUAUUUACGAGAUUGUUGAAAAUGUAGGUAGGAAAUGUAAUGUUUUCUGUCUAUAACUCUAUUAAGUCAUAUAAGGAUCUCAGAGGAGUUUAGUACAGACGUUUCCGACUCCAAAUGGGCUUCGCCAUUGUGGCUUAGCCUUCAAUCAGGCUGAUCUUCAAAGCCAAUUUUUAGCGUAUAGACUUAUUACUACAGUCAGCUUCAAUGACUAGUUCUUGCUGAUUCUUGUAAUUGAGCUUUUUUGAAAUUUCACAUUCUCUCAAUCCCGAGGGAUUAGCUGGAGUUCUGUUUCUUGUUGA